GGGCCGGUGACGUCACCGUGGCAGUUCUCCGGUACAGGGCGCAGAGGCUGUGCAGUGCUCCGGGGGUCAGAGUGUAAGCGGGGCGGCUCUGUGUACCUGUGCGCCCGGCCUGGUGUCCGUGUAGCAGAGCCGAGUGAGUCAACUGUGAGAGCAGUGGAACAGCACCAUGGAGGACGGGAAGCCAGUUUGGGCUCCUCACCCAACUGAUGGCUUUCAGCUGGGUAACAUUGUGGAUAUUGGACCCGAUUCCUUAACAAUUGAACCCAUAAAUCAAAAGGGAAAGACAUUUUUGGCAGCUAUAAAUCAGGUUUUUCCUGCUGAAGAGGACACCUCUAAACAUGUGGAAGACAACUGUUCCUUGAUGUACCUCAAUGAAGCUACCCUUCUUCACAACAUUAAAGUUAGAUACAGUAAAGAUAAAAUAUAUACCUAUGUGGCCAACAUUUUAAUUGCAAUAAAUCCAUAUUUUGAUGUCCCAAAACUUUAUACAUCUGACUACAUUAAAAUGUACAUGGGGAGAUCACUGGGAGUUUUGCCACCACAUGUAUAUGCAAUAGCUGAUAAAGCCUUCAGAGACAUGAAGGUUUUGAAAAUGAGCCAAUCAAUCAUCGUGUCGGGAGAGUCAGGAGCCGGCAAGACAGAAAAUACAAAAUUUGUGCUAAGGUAUCUGACUGAAUCCUAUGGUUCUGGACAAGAUAUUGAUGAGAGGAUUGUAGAAGCUAAUCCCUUAUUAGAAGCCUUCGGAAAUGCAAAAACUGUCCGCAACAACAACAGUAGUCGCUUUGGAAAAUUUGUAGAAAUUCACUUCAAUGAAAAGUAUUCCGUAGUAGGAGGAUUUGUGUCUCACUAUCUUCUGGAGAAGUCUCGUAUCUGUGUACAAGGACAAGAUGAGAGGAAUUACCAUAUUUUCUACAGGUUGUGUGCCGGUGCACCAGAGGAGAUUCGUCAGAAGCUUUUUUUGAGUUCUCCUGAUAACUUUAGGUACCUGAAUCGUGGAUGCACCAGGUACUUCGCUUCCAAGGACACGGAUAAACAGAUUCUUCAAAACCGCAAGAGUCCUGAGUACCUAAAACUUGGCUCCCUAAAGGACCCGCUCUUAGACGAUCAUGGAGAUUUCAAUCGGAUGUGCGUUGCCAUGAAAAAGAUUGGCUUGGAUGACACAGAGAAGCUUGAUCUUUUCCGAGUGGUUGCCGGUGUCCUACACCUUGGAAAUAUUGAUUUUGAAGAAACUGGGAGCACCUCUGGUGGCUGUACGCUAAAGAACCAAUCAAGCAAAUCAUUAGAAUACUGCUCUGCGCUCCUCGGUCUGGAUGAAGAUGAUCUGCGAGUCAGUCUAACCACACGGGUCAUGCUCACAACAGCAGGGGGCACCAAAGGCACAGUUAUCAAGGUGCCACUGAAAGUGGAGCAGGCAAACAAUGCUCGAGAUGCAUUGGCAAAGGCAGUGUACAGCCGUCUCUUUGAUCAUGUGGUUAACAGAGUAAACCAAUGCUUCCCCUUUGAGAGUUCUGCCUUCUUUAUUGGUGUUUUGGACAUUGCUGGCUUUGAAUACUUUGAACACAACAGUUUUGAACAGUUUUGCAUUAACUACUGUAAUGAGAAGCUGCAGCAGUUUUUUAAUGAACGGAUUUUAAAAGAGGAGCAGGAAUUAUAUCAGAGAGAAGGCCUUGGGGUAAAUGAAGUGCACUAUGUGGAUAACCAAGACUGUAUAGAUCUGAUUGAGUCCAAACUAGUGGGUGUCCUGGAUAUACUGGAUGAAGAGAACAGACUCCCUCAGCCUAGUGACCAGCACUUUACAUCCAUGGUUCACCAGAAGCAUAAAAACCACUUCCGCCUUACGAUUCCCCGAAAAUCUAAACUAACUGUCCAUCGAAAUAUCCGAGAUGAUGAGGGCUUUAUUGUCCGUCAUUUUGCUGGAGCUGUGUGCUAUGAAACGACACAAUUUGUGGAGAAGAAUAAUGAUGCUCUGCACAUGUCACUGGAGUCCCUCAUAUGCGAGUCCAAAGAUAAAUUUGUAGGGGAACUGUUUGAAUCCGCCAAUAAUCACAAGGAUUCCAAGCAAAAGACGGGAAAGCUCGGUUUCAUCAGUGUGGGCAACAAAUUUAAGACCCAGCUGAAUCUGUUACUUGAAAAACUUCGAAGCACGGGAUCCAGCUUCAUCCGUUGUAUCAAGCCCAAUUUAAAAAUGACAAGUCAUCAGUUUGAGGGAGCGCAAAUUCUGUCUCAGCUUCAGUGCUCAGGAAUGGUAUCUGUGCUGGACUUAAUGCAGGGUGGCUUCCCAUCUCGGGCCUCAUUCCAUGAACUCUAUAACAUGUACAAGAAGUAUAUGCCAGAGAAGAUGUCUCGUCUAGACCCCAGACUUUUCUGCAAGGCUCUGUUCAAAGCCUUGGGCUUAAAUGAAAAUGAUUACAAAUUUGGGUUAACUAAGGUGUUUUUCAGGCCUGGCAAGUUUGCCGAAUUUGAUCAGAUCAUGAAAUCUGAUCCAGAUCAUUUAGCUGAACUAAUAAAGCGUGUCAAUCACUGGCUUAUCUGCAGUCGUUGGAAGAAGGUCCAGUGGUGUGCACUCUCCGUCAUAAAAUUGAAAAACAAAAUUGAAUAUCGGGCCUCCGCUUGCAUUAAAAUGCAAAAGACCAUUCGCAUGUGGCUCUGCAGAAAGAAACACAAACCACGAAUUGAUGGUAUGAUGAAGGUGCAAACACUGAAAUCCAGGCUUAUCAAAUUCAAUGAAGUUGUAAAUGCUCUUAAGGAAGGAAAGCCAGAGAUGAGCAAACAGGUGAAGGACCUGGAGUCAUCCAUUGACGCUCUUCUCUUUAAGAUAAAGAACACAAUAAUGACCCGUGACCAGAUUGAAAGAGAAAAUGACGCUCUUGUGAAGAGCUCAGGCCGGCUCCUUGAUGCCUUACAGAAGAAGAAGAAAGAAGAGGAAGAAGCUGAACGCUUGCGUCGUAUUCAGGAAGAGAUGGAGCGGGAGAGGAAAAGACGUGAGGCAGAAGAUGAACUACGAAGAAAAGAGGAAAAUGACAGGAGACUAAAAGCUGAGAUUGAGGCAAAAAGAAAACAAGAUGAAGAAGACCGGAAAAAGAGGGAAGAGGAAGAAAGGAGAAUCCAGGCAGAGGUGGAGAUGCAGCUGGCCAGAGACCGUGAGGAGGAAUCUCAGCAGCAAGCUAUACUCGAACAAGAGCGUAGAGAUCGCGAGCUUGCUAUGAGGAUAGCUCAGAGUGAGGCUGAGCUCAUCAAUGAAGAGUUUGGUCCAGACGCGGCACUGCGCAGAGGCGUGCAAGUCCAAGCUACAAAAUCUGCUGCCAGCGUCAAGAAGUAUGACUUAAGCAAGUGGAAAUAUGCAGAGCUCAGAGAUGCGAUCAAUACUUCAUGUGAUAUUGAGUUGCUAGCAGCAUGCAGAGAGGAAUUUCACAGGCGGCUCAAGGUUUACCAUGCCUGGAAGUCCAAGAACAAGAAGCGCAAUGCGGAUACUGACCAGCGUGCCCCUAAGUCGGUUAUGGAUUACGAUUUUGCUCCAUUUAUGAAUAAUGCACCUCAGCAGAACCCAGUGGUGCAGCUGCCUGCCAGACAACAGGAAAUUGAAGCAAAUCGGCAGCAGCGAUAUUUCCGCAUUCCAUUUAUUCGCCCAGCUGACCAGUACAAGGAGCCUCAGAACAAGAAGAAAGGAUGGUGGUAUGCCCAUUUUGAUGGUCCAUGGAUUGCCCGUCAGAUGGAACUUCACCCAGAUAAGCCACCCAUCUUGCUGGUGGCUGGCAAAGAUGACAUGGAGAUGUGCGAAUUGAGCCUUGAAGAAACUGGUUUAACAAGAAAACGGGGAGCAGAAAUUUUACCCAGACAGUUUGAAGAGAUAUGGGAACGCUGCGGUGGAAUUCAGUACUUGAGUAACGCAAUUGAAAGUAGACAAGCCCGGCCAACAUAUGCUACUGCAAUGCUGCAAAACCUUCUUAAGUAGCUGUGCCGGUGAAUUUAUUGUUGCACUAAGAGAUUAGUACAUAUGGGCUAAAGCAAAGGGAAACCAACCUCUGUCAGAGAGGAUCUAGGCAUUCCAUAAUCGUGUAAUAGAGAAGUUAUAAUAUAAAGUGAACAGGUUUUAUUAAUUGCGGGUUUUAUUAAUUCAUACUUUUUGAAGUUUGAUGUAGUAGCAUUAUAAUGAAGUGGUCUGUGGCCCUAGCAGGCUCUUUUGUAGUUAUAUUUUUUUUAUUUUAUUUAUCAUGCAUCUUGAUUUGUGAGGCCUUAUCUUGGAUAGAUGUUUAUUGUCUUAUCUUGAUCAUGGUAGUAAUGUUUUCCACUCAGAGGCAAAGCACAAUACCCUGUGCAACCUGAUUCUAGGGCAUCACAUUGUUACAUGCUGGUGAACCCUCCAGGAUAAUGGAGAUUGACAUAAAAACAGACACAGUGUAAUGUAGGACAUCUAUAUGUUCCGAAAUACCAUUCCUUGGACUGUUAUUGUUUGAACUUGAAACCAUGAAUGUUUUUUCCCUUGAUAUGAAAUCCACGGCCUUUAAGUCUGUUGCCUACACUACCAUUUUAUUCUCCUUUAUUUAGAGGAACAAUUAACUUAAAAGAAUAAUUUUAUUAAUAUGGAUAUUAGUUUGUGUUUAUUUUUCUGACUUGAAUAUGAUGAAUGGAGAUCCUAUAGGCUUGAUAAAUAUGCACAUGCAUCAAUGUAUAUGUGUAUGUUUUACUGCACUGAGAUUGGAAAGUAGUUGGAUCACUAACUAUUUAAGAUUAUAGAUCUUAAUUCUUUUUAACUAUUUUAAUGCACAUGUGCAUGUCCCCAAUCCAAUGUUAUUCAUAUACCUUUAUAAUACAUACAUUGACCACUUAGCCCAUUAAACUGAUACACUCUGUAGACAUUCCAUUUUCUCAGUUGUUAUGCUGAGGUCUAGAUAUUGCUGUAUAGCAGCCAUGAUAUGACUGUUUAUUUAUAAACAUUUAAUACUCUUUUAGUGUCUUGUCUGAUAAAAGGAAUAAAAAUGUAUUCUUGUGACUUCAAAUGCAUCACUGAAGUUAAUUUUUGUGUUCCAUGUGGUGUGAAAAAUAAUUUGGAUUAAAACCUUUUGUUCUUACCUGUCCUCUCUCCAACAAUUGCAAUCUGGUCCUCUAAUAAAUGAUAAAUGUUAGUUAUUUCAUAGGAUUCUUAGUCAGUUUCUGCAUUUACAUAUUUCUAUAAAGAUUUCCGAUGCUCCUUAGCCUUUUCUACUGCAAGUGCAUUUAAUUUUGACAACCUGAGGUUAACUGAGAUCUUUCACUCUGCUUAUUAAAGAAGUACUGCAGCACACAUUAAUUGCCACCCA